AUGCACAGUACAUCAUUUUUCCAGGUGGGAACCGUCAUUCUGCCGUUCAGCAUCGCUAAUGAAGUCUUGAAUGGCUACUGGAUAUUCGGCGAAACGUGGUGCACAAUCUGGCUAACCACGGACAUCUGGAUGUGCACAGCAUCCAUCUACAACCUUGUCGCCAUCUCCAUCGACCGAUACAUAGCGAUAAUCAAGCCACUCAAUUAUCCUAUGCUAGUGACGAAAUUCCGUGCUCGCUGCACCGUUGCCGUCGUCUGGAUCGUGUCAUUUCUCAUCUGCAGUCCGAGUUUCUUCCUAGCCUCCUCAAUCAAGGAUGUGAAUCAAGAGCCAUGCAAAUGUACACCCGCUAAUGCCGGACGCGCCUAUAUAACCUUUAGUGCAUCGAGCAGCUUCUACGUGCCAAUGGUCAUCGUGAUAUUUGUUUACUUCCGUAUUUACAUCGCCGCACGAGCUGCCACUAAAAGCAUCUACUCCGGUAUGAUGCAGGUGACAGCGAAUGCCAAUAAGAGUGCGAAAAGUUAUUUGAUCAACCAUCCGGAUGCCCUCUCAAAGGAAAAUAUGCCGAUGCUACGAGUUCACCGAGGUUCUUCCGUCGCCAAUAUUAAACCACCACAUCUGUCAUCGAAAGUAAUGUGA